UUAUCACUAAUUCCAAGUAAACACGUAAUGGCUGAAUCUUCCCCUUCAUCAUUUAAGCUUUUCUUGCUCCUUAAAGCUGCUAAAAACAACACUGAGGAUAUCAUAACUUGAGCUUUGUGGAUUUGUUCCAACUUGCUACUUAAAUUUGUAUCUUGAUAUUCAUUGGAUUUCAAGUAGCUUAAGAUUUUGCAGUGGAGGCAAUGGGAACUUUAGUAGCUUUACUUUCGAUUAUCUUGACUCUGGUUAGCCUUCAAGGGGUGACAUGUCAUGGGCAGCAGCCUCUUUCAAGGAUUGCGAUUCAUCAGACUGUUCUUGCACUUGACAUUCAUGCUUCUAUUAAAGCUACUCCUUCAGUUCUUGGGGUUAAUGGGAAAAACAAAGAAUGGGUUGUUUUAGAGUAUAGCGUUUCAAAUCCCUCGGUUGAUGAUUGGAUUGGGGUAUUUUCUCCAGGCAAUUUCAGUGCAUCUAGCUGCUUCCCUGAAAAUCCGCGAACGUUUCCACCAUUUCUGUGUACAGCACCUAUAAAGUAUCAAUAUGCCAGUUACUCGAGCCCUCACUACAAUGACACAGGGAAAGGAUCACUGAAGCUUCAAUUGAUUAACCAGAGAUCAGACUUUUCUUUUGCCUUGUUUUCUGGUGGACUCUUCAGUCCAAAGCUGGUGGCAGUAUCAAACAUAGUUGCUUUUGCAAAUCCAAAUGCACCAGUAUACCCACGUUUAGCACAAGGAAAGACAUGGGAUGAAAUGACUGUGACAUGGACAAGUGGAUAUGGAAUCAAUGAAGCAGAGCCUUUCGUGGAAUGGGGUCCAAAGGGAGGGCAGCAGGGGCGUACUCCAGCAGGGACAUUGACAUUUGACCGCAGCAGCAUGUGUGGUGCACCAGCGCGAACUGUUGGAUGGCGUGACCCUGGAUUCAUCCACACUAGUUUUCUAAAAGAACUGUGGCCAAACACACUGUAUACCUACAAGCUUGGUCAUAGAUUCUUAAAUGGCACGUAUAUCUGGUAUCAGAUGUAUCAAUUCAAAUCAUCUCCUUAUCCUGGUCAAAAAUCUCUACAACGUGUUGUCAUUUUUGGGGACAUGGGAAAGGAUGAAGCUGAUGGCUCCAAUGAAUAUAAUCAAUUUCAACCUGGCUCUCUUAACACUACCAAUCAGCUUAUUAAUGAUUUAAAGAACAUUGACAUUGUAUUUCACAUAGGUGAUAUCUGUUAUGCCAACGGCUACAUUUCACAAUGGGAUCAGUUUACUUCUCAGAUUGAGCCAAUUGCUUCAACUGUACCUUAUAUGCUUGCUAGUGGAAACCAUGAGCGUGAUUGGCCUGGUACGGGGUCAUUUUAUGGAAAUAUGGAUUCAGGUGGAGAAUGUGGAGUUCUAGUUCAGAAUAUGUUUUAUGUUCCCACAGAAAACAGUGAUAAGUUCUGGUAUUCUACCGACUAUGGGAUGUUCCGAUUCUGCAUAGCUGAUACAGAACACGAUUGGAGGGAGGGAACCAAGCAAUAUAACUUCAUUGAACACUGUCUGGCAUCUGUAGACAGACAAAAACAACCGUGGCUGAUCUUCCUUGCUCAUCGGGUACUGGGCUAUUCUUCAGAUUCUUCUUAUGCUGAUCAAGGAUCUUUCGCAGAACCUAUGGGUAGGGAAAGCCUUCAAAAACUCUGGCAGAAGUAUAAAGUUGAUAUAGCUAUAUUCGGCCAUGUUCAUAACUAUGAACGGACGUGUCCCAUCUACCAGAAUAUCUGUACAAACAAUGAGAAGCACUUUUAUAAGGGCGGCUUGAAUGGAACUAUACAUGUUGCUGCCGGAGGAGCUGGAGCAAGCCUUUCAGAUUUUACCCGCAUCCAAACUAAAUGGAGUAUCUUCAGAGAUUAUGACCAUGGAUUUGUGAAGUUGACAGUAUUUGAUCAUUCAAAUCUGUUGUUUGAGUACAAAAAGAGCAGAGAUGGUAAAGUCUACGACUCGUUCAGUAUAUCUCGAGACUAUAGAGACAUACUGGCCUGCACAGUCGACAGCUGCCCGAGCAUGACCCUUGCGUCUUGAUCAAUUUAGGUGAACGCAUGCAUGAUUCAGUUCAAUCCUGGCAAGCAAUAGGGUUAGUUCAAUAUAUUUGUAAUCUUCAAAUCCACAAUCUCAAAAAAUAAAAAGGGUCAAGACUUCUAUUUCUGCAAAUAUGAUAUGAAACCAUCUGGCUUAUGUUCAUCA